GUUGAGUUUAACUAUAUUUCACAAACGAUUUUCGUUUCAUACAUGAUUAGAAUUUUAAAAACUUACUUCGUGACCCACCUAACUAGAUGUUUCUCUUUUAUCAAAGACCUUCGAUGCCGUCAUGAUGUGUUCCGGAAUAUAUUCAUCCGGCAAAAUUCCAGACUAUCCUGGGUUAAAUGAGUUCAAAGGUCAAAUCCUGCACAGCGGUCAGUUCAGAGGCGGGGAAGAAUUUGUGGAUAAGACGAUUGUGGUCGUUGGCUCUUCCCAUUCUGCAGGGGAUGUUGCGGUACUGAGUAGUAAUCACGCUAAGAAGGUGUAUUUGAGUCUACGGGAUGGGGCUUGGAUCGUGUCUCGCAUCACGGGGAAGCAGCCCACUGACGUCUACAUCAACCGAAGGUGGAAUGAGGCGAUUCCAGCCUGGAUCUACCAUCCUUUACUCAAACUCAAAAUGGAGUCCCUGCAGGACUGGAAAACACUUGGCAUUCAGAGCAGCACGCAUCCGGUUAAAAGUAGCUUCAUGAUGAAUGAUGAACUCCCGGUGAAGAUUAUGAGCGGCCGAGUGGUCGUCCGGAGUGGUCUUCAACGGUUUGAAGGUUCAAGGGUCAUCUUUGAUGAUGAUUCUUACCUGGAGGACGUGGAUUGUGUUGUCUUCGCCACAGGGUACAAUCACAGAAUAUACAUGGAAGAUGACGUCAUAUCAGGUAGUACCAGUCAAUUGGAACUGUACUUACACGUCAUACCACCAAGACUGGAGCACCCAACAAUGGCGGCCAUUGGUUACAUCGUGACACGUGGUACCUUAGGACCAUCAGCAGAACUACAAAGUCGGUAUGCAGUGAAGGUGUUCAAGAAAGAACUUCAACUACCAAGUCGUUCAGAGAUGCUUGCGGAUAUCAAGAAAAGAAGAGAUGGAGUGAUGCAGCAAUACAAUCAAGACACGCCCAAGAUCCAUCCGACGAAAUACAACGAUGAGCUUGCUCAAGCAAUCGGGGCUCUACCAAGUUUCUGGAGCCUGUUGUUGUCGGACCCUAAACUGGCGUACCACUUUUAUUUUGGUCCAGUCUAUCCUACGUGGUACAGGUUGAUGGGUUCACAUUCUAGACCCGAUGCCCGUCAGAGGAUACUGCAAAGUGGUGCUGAUAUGGUACAUGGGAUAACAUUAAAAACGGUUCGCCCGAGAGCACAGAAAGAACUCCAGAGGACCAGGAUAAUCCCGAUGAGGCUUGUAGCUUUGUGUUUCAUCAGCUUCCUUCUAGCAGUACUAUUAUGGACAUAAAUAUUAUUAUGGUCAUAGAGUUUAUCUUAAGUUUAUUACGUUUAAACAUAGAUCAA